AACCGCAGUAGCCACUGCAAAGAGUUAUUGUUUUUUAAUCUAAAACGAUCGGAAGGAAGUAGGAAAUAAAAAAGAGAAAGAAAUGUUUCCUCCUCCAUCAUUCGGCUCUUCAUCUUCUGCCGGCUCCGGUUUUAGCCUUUCAGGUUUAGCAUCCGCCUCUGGACCCCCUUCAUCAACUUCAAGCUUUUCUGGAACAACUGAUACUUUUGGGUUUGGGUUUCGAGAUUCUUCCCAAUCAUCACCCAGUAGAAGCGCAAAGUCAACUGUCACUACACCCGUGAACGAGAAACCAUUGAUCGAUACUGAAGAUGAUUUGAUAAAGAGAAUAAGUUUCUUAAGUGGAUUUAUGGUUGCUUUCAAGGACCAAAUUCACACUGAUAUAAAGCUUAAGCCUAACAAUGGCCCCUGCAUUUCAGCGCACAAAUCUUUACUGGCAGCAAGAUCAGAAAUCUUUAAGAACAUACUAAACUCAGACGACUGCAAGGCUCCACUGACCGAUACUGAUACGAUCACUCUAUCAGAGUUAAGCACCGAAGAGCUCAAGUCCUUCCUAGAGUUUCUUUACACUGGGGAUUUGCCUGCCGAUAAGUUUAAGAAGCAUGUUUAUGCGUUAUGUGUUGCAGCUGAUAAGUAUGAGAUUCCGUACUUACAAGAGUCGUGCGAGCGAUACAUGCUGAAUUCCUUGAAUGCAUCGAACGCUCUCGAUUUUUUAGAUAUAUCGAAUUUGCAUUCGAAGAAGAAACUGAAGGAAACAACUUUGAACUUCAUCGUCCGGAACAUGAAGAGCAUAGUUUUGUCGCAGAAGUAUGAAGAAUUUGCAUUUAGCAACCCCCAUCUUUCUCUUGAGGUUACAAGGGCGUUUGCUGAGGUUAGACCUGAUAAUGGGUCAGGCCAUCUAGCCUGGUUCGAAAACUCGCCGAAAUUUGAAAAAAAUGUAGACUCGGAAUAUAGUGCUAGAAACCUCGUAAAGAUUCGUUCUAAAAAUAGGCAUCGCCUCAGAUAAGGCAUUUUGGCACAGGCCAAGUCCGAUCCGAAUUCACUAAAAGACAAUUAGAAUUUUACUCUUUCUUUUAAUGUUAUUUUUUUGUUAUUUUCUUCCUAUUUUGCUACCAUUUUACUAUUAUGUUAUUAUUUAUUUUUGUUAUUGUUUGGAUAUUGUAUAAAAUUUAUUUUUUGUUAAUUUUGUUAUUAUUUUAAAGGCA